AUGAAGAAGGGGAAACUUCCGCGUGGUGCUUACAAACAAGCAGCAGAGAAACUGAACAUGAACCCCCGCACCCUUGGGCCCACGCAAAUCUAUUCCACCGACCGCGUCCAACGGCUCGUUCAAGCCGUACACGCCGGCCAAUGCUCCACCUUCCGCGACAUGGCGGAAGCUACGGGCUUGACCCUGGGGACUCUGACCUUGAUGGAUGCUAACUCGGACGAACGCACCGCAUUUUGCCACUCGCUAGCCGGUUUACUCGAAGACCUCGAACUAUGGGAUGUGCUGCACCUGGACGAAAAAUGGUUCGACGCAGACAAGGAUCGUCGAAAGAUCUAUCUUGUCCCGGGUGAGAUGCAGCCCCGGCGAUCUGGGAAGAGCAAGAGAUUCAUCCACAAGGUGAUGUUCUUGGGUCCCGUUGCUCGCCCUCGCUACGAUGAGACCCGCGGUGUUUUCUUCGACGGCAAGAUUGGCAUGUUGCCGUUUGUGCGCCUUGUGUCGGCCACCCGCAACUCUCGCAACUGA